AUGAGUGCUGACGGUGUCCCUUCCUGUUUCCUCCAUGUCUUCAGGUGGGGCAGGUGGAGCGACAUCCUGGCUCACGGGCGCUUCAAGCGGCCCCUGAAGGAGGCCGACGUGGAGACGAUCUGCAGGGCCCUGCUGGCUUACUGCCUGCUGCAUUACCGCGGAGACGAGAACAUCAAGAGCUUCAUCUGGGACCUGAUCACCCCGAGUGCAGACGGGACCACCAAGACGCUGACCAACCACUCUGGUCUCUCCACUCCAGUCCCUCGGGGCAGGAAGGGCAAGAAGGGGAAGCCCCUAGCCCCGCCUCCGCAGACGCCGCGAGCCGAUUGGCUGGCCAGCUGCAACCCCGACCACUUACUGCAAGAGGAUAGCUACAAGAGACACCUGAAACACCACUGUAACAAGGUGUUGCUGCGGGUGAGGAUGCUAUAUUACCUGCGGCAGGAAGUCAUCGGCGACCAGGCCGAUCGCAUCCUGGAAGGAGCUGACUCCAGUGAGCUGGACGUCUGGAUCCCCCAGCCGUUCCACGCCGAGGUCCCGGCCGACUGGUGGGACAGCGAGGCCGACAAAUCCCUGCUCAUCGGGGUCUUCAAGCACGAGACUCGCUCCGGUGGUUUCCAACACGGCAAACAUCACGCGAGGAGUCACGCACACAUCACGUUCAAACUGGGCGAGGGCACACAUGCAUACACACCAACACAUCCCACCCACUUCUGCUGCCACCGGUUGAUUGGUGUUGCUAUGGCGAUAGCAGUACGCAGCUGGCAGGCUCAGUGUGCUAUCGGGAGUGUGAUUGAUGGCUGGUUUCACCAGGAGCCCCCCAGAGAGAGAGAGAGA